AUGGGGGACUCGGGACCAGAGACCAACGUCGCUCCACAGGCUAGGAUGGUCGACUUUGAAGCCUUGCCAGCGCGAUAUGGCUGGCCGACGACAAACGAGCGAGGCUACAGGAUCAAGGAGCAGCUUUGUGGUACCGAAAGACCUAUGCGUGUCAUCUGUCUGGGUGCUGGUGCUUCGGGUAUCUGUCUCGCCAAAUACUUGCCUGAGCGCCUUCACAACGUCUCACUUACGAUCUACGACAAGAACCCGGACUUUGGUGGCACUUGGUACGAAAACAGAUACCCAGGAUGUGCUUGCGAUAUUCCCUCUCACAUUUACCAGUUUUCUUGGGCCAAAAAUCCAUAUUGGUCCCAGUUCUACUCCGAUGGCAAGGAAAUCCUUCAGUAUUUCAAGGACGUAGUAGACCGGUUCGACCUCGCCAAGUUCAUCCGCCUCAGACAUGAAAUCACCGGGUCAUUCUGGGAUUCUGACCGAGGCCGAUGGGACAUCCACGUCAAGAACCUUUUGACUGGAGAGGCCUUUGUCGACAGUUGCGACGUAUUUAUCAACUGCAGCGGCAUUCUCAACGCGUGGGACUGGCCCGAUAUCAAAGGCCUCAAGACCUUCCAAGGAAAGCUCUGCCACACUGCUGAUUACGAUGAGAGUACCGACCUCGAAGGAAAGAAGGUCGCCGUGAUCGGUAUUGGCAGCAGUGGCGUCCAGGUCAUCCCUAGUAUUCUGAACAAAGUGUCACAUUUGUACUGCUGGAUUCGCUCCUCCACGUGGAUGACUGCCGGAUUUGCGCAAAAAUUCGCCGGUCCUGAUGGAGCCAACUUCAAAUAUUCGGAAGAACAGAAGAGGUACUUUGCCGAACAUCCCGAUGAGUACCUGGAUUACUGCAAGAAAAUCGAAAGCGAAAUCAGCCAGAUGUUCAAGAUGAUCCAAGUUGGAACGCCUGAAGCUGAACAAGCCAAGGCGUUCUCGAUCAAGGAGAUGCAGAAGAAACUUGGCAGCCGUAAAGACAUUAUGGAAAAGAUCAUUCCCAAGACUUUCAACGUCGGCUGCCGUCGACCCACGCCCGGAAAUGGCUUCCUAGAAGCAUUGACGACAGACAAAGUCACCACCUUUUUGGACUCGCUCCAGGAAAUCACGCCAAAGGGAUUCGUGGAUUCUCAGGGAAAUGAGCACGAAGCCGACGUGAUAAUUUGUGCCACUGGAUUCGAUACGUCGUGGGUUCCCAGGUUCCCCAUUGUUGCCAACGGCCUCAACGUCCAGGACAUCCAGAGGAAGCGACCAAUCUCGUACCUUUCCAUGGCUGUUCCCGAGAUCCCUAACUUUUUCAUGGUCGGCGGGCCUUACUUUUCGUUCGGUCACGGCUCCUAUACGUCGAUGGUCGAAUUGUUCCUCGAGAACAUUCUCAAGGUGAUUGAGAAGAUUCAAAAGGAAAACAUCAAGUCCAUAUCCCCGCGCCAGGACGCCACAGACGCCUUUGUCGAGCAUGCCGACCUCUGGCUCAAGCGCACCGCGUGGGCCGGCCCCUGUCCGUCGUGGUUCAAGCAGGGCAAACCGGACGGAUUGCUGACCAUCUUCCCCGGUUCGAGACUGGUGUUGGCCGAUCUCAUCUCGGCCCCCCGAUUUGAAGACUACAACUUCGAAUACUGGAGCAUGAACAAGUUUGCUUUUUUGGGCAAUGGUUUCUCGACCCUCGAAUAUGACGGAAGUGACCUAGCCUGGUACCUGGGGAUUCAUACUGGGCUGCUCCCCUCACGUCCACCAGUUCCUUCAACGCAAGCACCAGCAGUCAACGUAUAUAUGUGA